AUGGCACUCCCGAACAGACAAGAGAUCGAUGAUCUAGUCAGCAGCCUCAAUGAUGCUGCCAAGGCUUAUUCCGAUGCUCCAGACCUAAACGGUUACAUGUCCAGGGUCCAGAUCCUCGAAAAAGCAAGGACACUCACAAAUGCCCUCAUCACGCCAGAUCAAAAGCCCAACUACCAUGGCCUCAAUAUUGCCGAAUUGGUUGCUAUCCGAACGUUUAUGAAGCUCAAAGUCCUCGAUGCCAUUCCCGCCAUAGGGUCCAUAUCCCUUCAAGAUCUCUCUCAAGCCACUGGCGUCCAAGACUCCCUUCUAGUUGCUUCCGGAUUCCUGGACCAAACAGAUCCCGACGGCGGCGAGUAUAAGCACACCAAAUUUUCAUUGGCUUACAUCCUCGAUAAGCCUGCACCGGGCCACUUGUUCCUGGUAAUGUACGACGAAUGGUUCAAACAUAUGCACAACUUUGACGAAUAUCUUGUUUCGAAAGGAAAAUACGAAGAGCCCCAAGACCCCCUAUAUAACCCGUAUACUGCUUACUGGAAGCAAGAAGGAACGCCAGUAUGGAGCAUCAUGAUGCAGAACCCUGAGAGAUUUCAAACUUUCCAGACAGGCAUGGCCGGCAUCGAUGUUGCGAUCCCCGUCACUGGUCACUUUGAUUUCAGCACCCUCAAGAACGACUCCUCAGAUACGGAAAACGCCACCAUAGAGCUUGUGGACGUCGGCGGUGGUGAAGGAACGGUCCUUAACAAGAUUCUCGAAGCUCACCCGGAGCUGUCGCCCAAGAAUUGCAUGCUUCAGGAACGACCGGAAGUCAUACAGCUUGCAAGGUCGAAGAAGACUCUUCCGGGCGAUGUUCAGCUUGUUGAGCAUGACUUUAUGACGGAGCAGCCCGUAAAAGGGGCUAAAGCUUACUUUAUGCGUAUGAUCCUACACGACUACGCAGAUACCGUUGGAAUAAAAAUCCUCACUCGUCUCGCCGAAGCCAUGAAACCUUACUCCCGAGUUCUUAUUUGCGAAAUGGUCCUGGCUCCUCGUGUAGGAGAAGCCGAUUUUGCCUCCGCUGUGCUUGAUCAGGCUGUUAUGACGAUGGGCGGAAAGGAGCGUACUGAAGCAGGCUUCCAGAAGAUAUUUGACGCUUCUGGACUCGAAUUGGUCAAGACUUGGCGUGUGCCUGGCGUUCCUGGUGGCUGCGUUGAAGCGAGGUUGAAGGGGCAGGCUUAG